UGGAACAUCACAGCGAUUCUUUCUCCAUCCCUGCCUACUUUCCAGGUGAUGCCAGCAAGUUAUUCGGCUUUUUAUGCGGCAAAUUAAAACAGAGAUUUCAGUCUCUGUUCUCCUCAUUGCUCAGGGUGGGUUACACUUGUUCUUCAGCUACUUUCAUUUAUUUCCUUGCCUUAGUGCAUCCAGCCUGUUCUCAUUUUUUUGCUUUGUUUUUAACUUCGAAACGUCCUUCAUAAUACAGAAUCCACUUGUCCCAGAAACCCAGGAGGUGAGACAAGCCUGGGCAAAGAGGGCAAUUGCCCCAGGACCCGGUGAUGCAAAGGGACCCACAGGGCUCCAACCGCUGCUGUGGUAGCAACCUAAGCCCUUAAAAUCCCUGCUUCUGUGCACCGCCUCUGUGUUCCAGGCUGCUCUUAAGGCAAGCAGGAGAGGUGGGAGCACUGUGUGGCAUGCUCCAAGCAGAUUGUGUGCAUGCGGCGUUCUGGGGUGCACUGAGGGCCAGCUGCCCUGAGCCCUGCCCCUUCCAGGAGCCUGGAGCCAGCCUCCCUUCAUCUUGCCCAGGGACCCACCAUGGCUAAUGGCUACCCUGCAGUCAGGUACCUAUUCUCUAAAAUAAGCAAAGCAGCCAGCAGCAGCAUAGAAAACAAACAGUGGGAGAUGAAGGAACACUGUAAAUCAGAGACAUUCAUGAGAAAGCCAGUCGUUUUGUUCCUAACUUACAGUCCAGUGGCUUGCUUCAUUUAAUGGAGCUAUUUGUUAUUCCACUCUCACAUAUACUCUACUAUGCUUUCCUUGCCCUUUGAACUCUCAGACAGCUCAUUUCAAGUCUUUCAUGCAACUCUUAUAGUGUAUCCGAAUCCAUCACAAGCCCUAGUACUGCCCAGGCAACGGCUCUGAAGAUUGUCUUAAAGCAUGAUUGUCAUGGACUCCAGCUGUCAGUUGUGUUGAAUGCUUCUUCAAAUGUACAGUGUAUAUCCUUGGGUUUUUUUCCCCUCUGUUGUCUUAAUUCAUUAUUUUGAUAUCUCUGUAGUUUUGUACAAAAUGAUCCGAUAAUGGCCAGUUGGUAGCCAUCACUGAUAUAGAGCAGUGAUGUUAGCUUCUAUGUUUGUAAAUAAAGAGGUAUGUUUUAUUUCUUAAACUUGCAGAUGAGUCUCUGUGCUCCUUUCAUUCCAUUUGUGUAUCGUGGUAGUGCCUGAAUUCCUAGCCAUGAAUCAGGAGCCUAUUGUGCUAGGUGCCAUUCAAUCAGAAAACAGUCUCUGCCUCAAAGAGCUUACAAUCUACGGGUUAUUUAUUUUGCCAUAAGAAUUUGCUUUAAUAAAAUACCUUUAUUUAACAAAAACAAAUUCCUAGUCUAAUAAAAUUGUUUUCACGUUCUGUUAACUAAGCCAACAAAAUCCAGUACAAACAGAUGCUAAGUCUAUUCUCCCUUGCAUUUUGGUGCAAAACAAAACAAAAGUUCCUGAAAGUGAAACUGACCAUAAGGGCCAGUGACAUUGACGUCAUUGAGUUUAUGUUCCAGUACUCGGAUGCUAUGCUGAGUUUAGUAGAAAUAUUGAGAGAUUGUAGACAUGGAGAGAGCAUAACUAGAGAAUAGUAAACUGGAUUUUAAAAACUCUUUCAGAAUAAUCCAAGGGGGUAUCAGUAAGAGAGGCAGUUGUUUGUUAGCACUGUUCACUUUUAAGUAGCAUGUCCAUGUUCCUGCAGUCUGAUCCUAGGAAAUCCUUCGUAAUAUCCAAUACUCAGCUUGCUGAUCAGGGGCUACUUUUGUGUACUGGACUAUUGUCACAACACUGUAUUGCUCCAUCAAAGAUAAAUGCCAUAUUUACUUCUCAUGACGCACAAAACUUGGCACAUUAUUGCAUCUGUCAUUGAAGACUUUCACAACUCUGGUUCCAAAGCUGUGAUCCCAAAUUCUCAUUGUUCUGUUACUCACACCUCUGUAUAUCGUAAGUGGCAAUGCCCAUUUUUUUUCUAAUGUACGAAUCAUGAAGGUUGUGACUCUCCAAUGAUCAGUGAGUCAGUAUCUGAGCCCAGAAUAGAACCUGGAUCUCCAAUUCACAGCUAAUAUAAGAGGUAUCUGAAAUCAAUACCACUAGCAAAGGUUUCAGCUUUAACCAUGGGUUUCUCACUCCCAGUCUUAUGUGCUAAUGUUGAUGCUGUUGCCUCACCCUGGCUUGGGGCAGCCUGGCUUGAUUAACUUCAAAAUUUUAAUGGGAGUUGGCCAUUUUGGAGCGUUCUUCAUCAAAUGACCCAUUGAACAUGGUUGCCUGGUUCUGUGCGGCAUUCUUUGUGCCAUCAUCCUGCCUAGUAGAAGCCUGGCUUAUGACAUCAUAAUUGUUUCAAAGUAGCAUGUGUUAUGGAAACUUUAGAGACUUAAUGGAGCCCUAGAAGGAAGUCAAGAACCAGGACACCUCUCCUGCAUAUACAAAAUGCCUCAUGCCUUGUUAGAAAGGAAAAUAGCUCAGCAUAUAAACGAUUUUAUUAAAAUAGUUAUGAAUUUGCCUUUAAACUCUUGAUGUUCUGAUGGCAAUGAAGUCAAAAGCUUAUCUUCAUGAUAUUGGAGAUUUGGGGAAUGCUUUAAGUCUGAGGAUACAUGUAUGUAAGACAAUAUUACUUCUGUACAUGCAGCACUUCAGUUCAAGUCCUUGUCCUUGGAGGAUUUCAUGUAUGUGGGGAAUUAGGCUGCGAAAAUGCUGCUCCUGGAAUUUCAGUAAUACGUAGGAUGAACACUUAUGAAAAAAGUCUUGUACUUGUUGGACUACUAACUGCCCAUGGCUUAUAACUCUGAGUCGGCAGAGAUGAAGACCUUGGAAAACAGCUUUAUCUGCGGCACAUUAGCGUUUGGUUUCUAUCUGCCUUUGUGGGCAGCUUCCCUUGAAACAAUUACUGUCCCAGAGCAGCUGAAGUCAGCAGUAGCUAAGGUCUUGGUUAGCACCACAUCCUGCAGUGUUACCUGUGGCCUGGGCUUCAAGGUAGAGGAGCUAUGUCAGGUUGCCCCAAAUGGGGAAAGGAGUCAUUGUACCUUCCGCAAAUCAGACUGCCUGACCAGCUGGAUCUGUGGGUUGCUCCAUUUCACUGUCCCCAUUGGCAGACCAUUUGAGCUCAGCUGCCUGACCUCUGAGAUGAUUGGCGUUGGUAGCCAGGCCUUUAUUUUUACGUGGCGGCUUGCCAGAGGCAUAAUCACCACGGAUGAUACACUUUUCAAAGCUUUCAAGACACCAAGCUUUGUCAUCAAACUCUCCCCCGCCAAAGAAUCUGAUGCAGGGACUUACCGGUGUGAUGUGCAGCUGAUGAAGACAUUCAAACUCGUCAAGAGGAUCUACUUUGGCCUCAGAGUGAUACCUAGUAACUUGGUGGAUCUGAACUUUGAAAAAUCCUUGACUUGGGAGCAGAAGCUAGCAGCAAAUGAAAAGGAAGGAAACCAACAGAAUGGCACGAGUGUCAUAGUACAGUGGCAUCACCAGUCUUGGCAAAGAAGGGCUUUGUUGGUGUUCCUGAUAGGAAUUGGAAGUGGGGUAGCAGGAGGCGUGUUGGUGGGCACAGUUGUCUACUUUUUGCUGCAGGCUCGCAAGAAAAACAGAGCCAUAGAGAAGUGAACUGCUUUUUAAUGGGGUCUCUUCCUACAAAGGGCUAGCGUAAGUGUUGCAGUAAGCUAACUUAACAUCAGUAUUUCAAAGGGGUGUAGGGGUGUGUUUCUGAUCAAAUGAGCUUUAACUAUUAAAGCCAUCAAAUGAGCUCUCAUAAUGUGCUUGCUUUUAGUUUCAUAAGUCUGUGGUAAUUUUCACAGGACUUAGGAGCCAGGAACUCCUGAGUCUCAAUGAUAGUCCUGAUGCAGACUUGGGCAAGUUAAUUAGAACCCAUAUUUGCAAAAGAGUUCAUUAAUUUUGGGUGUUCAAGCCACCUGAGGCUUUAACUUUAGGAGGGUACAGAUGAUAUGGAGAAAACUACUCCUUGCUCACCAGUUCCUAUCCUGCUAACUUCUGACUAGUUCAGGAUAUGCCACAACUGGCUUUUGUAACUGGUUUGCCUGACUCUUCUUCCCUACGUACUGCUGUAGUGAAUAUAGGGCCUGCCUCAGAUUGGAGCUCCAUUGUUCUUAGAUGCUGUGAAACAUCUAGUGAGAUAAUUAUAGAAUUGUAGGACUGGAAGUGACCUCAAGAUGUCCCCAUGUCCAGUUCCCACAUGCAAGACAGGACUAAGUAUUACCUUGACCAUCCCUGACAGGUGUUUGUAUACUGUGCUCUUAAAAACUCUCAGUGAAGGAGAUUCCACAACCUUCCUAGGCAACUUAUUCCAGUGUUUACUCUGACAGGAAGUUUUCCCUAAUGUCCAACCUAAACCUCCGUCAUUGCAAUUUCAGCCUAUUGUUUCUUGUCCCAUCCUCAAAGAUUAAAACAAUUUUCUCCCUCCUCCUUGUAACAAUGUUUUAUGUAGUUGACAGUUUUUAUGUCCCCCCUUCAGCUUUCUUUUCUCCCCGACUAACAAACCCAUUUUUGUCAAUCUUCCCUCAGAGGUCAUG